UGGAGGAUGGCGCCGAAGGGCUGCCGCUCGCGGUUGGAGCGGGGGAGAUCGCCAAGCGAGCGCAGGAGUGCGCUGACGCCUGGGACGCAUCGCGGAAAUCUUUCGAGGACGACGAGGCGCGGCAGCCAUGGAAGCGGACAGAGCUGGCGAAGCAGCGGAACGAGCUGCAGAAACGGUGUCUGUCGCUGAUCUGGGCGCUCAAGGACCUGCCGCGCGAGCGCGAGGUGCUGAGAGCGAUCGACCAGGUGAGGGGCCAAGGACCAGGAGCAGCCGACCAGAGUACCGAGAGCAGUCAGCCGGUCAGGCAUCUUACUUUGCUGCAGAGCGUCGCAAGGGCUGGAUUCGAGGAGCCCGUGAGGAUGCUCUGCGAGAUCGGAGCCGCCGCGAACGCCAAGGACCCCAACGGCAUGACAGCCCUGCACCACGCGGCCAGGUGCAACAACGUCUCCGUGACGAAGGUGGCCCUCCUCCUGGUUCGCUUCGGGGCCAGCGCCGUCGCGGAGGACGACGAGGGCAACGCGCCGAACACCAGCGAGGGCAGGGCCGUGUGGGACAGGGCUGGCCGCGAGCCCACGAGGCUCGACCUGGGCGAGUGGUCGAGGACGUUUGUGGAGAAGCGGCGGGCCUGGUCGUCCAAGGUCUCGCCGUGGCCCGUCGUCAGGACCCUGGGCGCGGCGCUGCCGCACCACGUCCGGGCCCCAGAGCUGAAGCUCACCACCGUCGGCUUCUGCCCGGUGGACGAGGACACCGGGGAGAUCAUCCAGCUCAAGCGGGGCAUCCGGCAGAGGAAGGGCCGCCCGGCGCCCUCGAGCCCCAAGAACUUCCCCAACUGGUAUGCCCCUCGCGGCUAGGCCGGCUCGGCCCAUCCCCCCUCUGUCGCUCCCACUCGUAACCCGCUGGGCCCUCCCGGCAGAGGGCAGGGGAUCCACGGAGGGGGUCCACGGAGCGGCUCCGGCGGCCGGGAGCCACGGAGCGGUUCCGGCGGCUCUCCCGGGCACGGCGCGCGGGCCCGGCGGGCAUCGCGGAGGCGUGCGCGAGCGUGGGCCUCCGCCGCCCGAAGCGCGCG